UGCUUUCUAGGAGCAAAUCCCUAGACCAAAAAUUCUAUAGACAUCAACAAUUACAGAAACAAGAGGGGACAAAGUGGCAAAAUUCCAAGGACUAGAAUAGCCAUUUAACACAAACACAAGGACCAAUAAUUACAACGGUAGAACCGAAGCAAUUUGAACUCCCCCACUUCUCUUGCUUGGUGCACUGUUCGUCUCCUGCAGAGCAGUCGUUGAAAAUCAUCAUCAUCGCCAAGCUCUGAUUUUUUGUUGUCUCGAAUUUAAUUUCUGCUUCGACUGAACUAGAGAGGAGAAUUAAAUCAAUGGCUGACACACCUAAUUCUAGUGAUGAAGACCUCAAGAAACAUUUGAUGAAGCUAGGUUUAGGAGGAUGUGACCAAAGACUCUGAGGAUAAGGAAUUGAGAAAAAUAUUUGAUUGGAUUGUGGACCACGAUGCCCUUAAUGCAAAUGCGAUUCAUAUGUUCAGUUCUCUGGCAGAUUGCGGCUUCCGUGAUGAAGCGAGAGAGCUCUUUAAGCCUCACUCUGAGCAGACCACACUGCCGGAAGUGGCUGUCUUCACCAUGGUGAUUAUGGCCUACGCCGCCAAUGGCAAGACCAAGGAUGCUCACAAGGUCUACCAGCAGAUGAUAGCCUCUGGUGUCACCCCCACCCCCACCGCCUACACUUACACUUUAAUCAUCAGCGGAAUGGCAAAAGACUUUUCGGAUUCUAAUUUCGUCGGGUAUGCCAAGAAGUAUUUCCUUGAAAUGUUGGAUAGGGGGAUGAAGCCCCAAUAUCAACCCUACAUGUAUGUUAUGGAUGCCAUUGCCUACCGAGAGCCAGUGGAGGAGGCGGCCAAGAAGUUCCUUGAGCAGAUAAAAGCUAAGGGGUUCAUCCCUGUCAUCGAUGAUUUUCAAUACAAAGAAAACCACCUCACAGAAGCAUUGCAGGCAAUGAAAACGUUUUGGUGUGGGCUUUGGGAUGUGUGCCAUGGCCUCAGACUGGUCUCUGAUCUUGGUUACAGAGCUGUGAGGUGGAAUCUUCGUUUCUGUUCCUCCAACUCACUCGGAAGACUUGCAUCCUCUCUAAAGUCUCAUAUACAGUUGCAAAGAGUUGUUGGGAAGGAGUUGAACUGCCCCCAGAAAUUUGAGCCUCUCUUAAAUCUUUGUUGCCAACUCUCUUGCAUUCCUUUUUAUUUGACCCUUUUGGGAUGCACUACUGCACUGCACCAGCAAGAAAACACUAUGCCAAAGAUGUCAUGGGCACACACGUACCUUAGUAAUGGCUAUACAAAGCUUCCACUAGCAAUUAGAAAUCUAACAAAGGACUGAUUUGUCCGACUAAACCUGAGUACUUACAAAAUGGAGUCCCUUGUAGAAGAAUUUUGAUCGUAAUUUUUCAGUGCAGAUUUGUUUAACUUACUGGCUUUAGUGCACCCUUCAUUUAGUUGGAAGCAAACCUUGCAUCCAGUGGUGUUAAAGAUAAUCUUGUAAAGGUCAGGAAGUUAUAUAAAUCUGCACUGAAAAUUUACGACCAAGAUUCUGUUGCAACAUUACCAUCUUAUAUGAAUCGGCACUGGGUUAGCUUUCUUCUGAAUAAUAUAUCGUAACUGUUUUCUAUUCAUUUAAAAUUUGUUUAAACAUGAGUUUUUUGUAAUCGUCUGUGCUUUAGACAUGGUUGUGUCAAGGCGUGUGCCACUUUUUUCCUCGAUCUCAUACCACUGUCAUUGUGCUACUUUUCUCUAUACUGCUACUGUUUUAAUGCUACUUUAAGUAAUACCACUUUCAUUCUUUUGCCACUAUAAUAACAAGACUUUGAUGCGUAUGAAAGUUAUUUUCCUCUCUUUUCCCAAUAAGUCGACGGCACUCCCUAUUCUUUCUUAAAGCUUUAUAAGCUUUUUUUAUUUAUUAUGACAUGUUUUAUCCUGUAAUUUACUAAGGAAUUAAUCACACUCCAAAUUUUUUUAUAGCUACAUGUAAAAUGGCAUUCAACUUUCACAUCACAUAUGUAAGAUCAUUACCUAAAGUAGUUACAAGCAUAUAGUUCUAGUUGCAUAUGAUGGCAAAUGAGUUUUUUGUUUUGCUUAUUUCCAUUCAACUUCUAAGUGCUGGGAAUGGAAAGUAGCUUUAAAUAGUCCAGCCUUGCCCAUUAUAUACAUACAUAUAACACAUAAAUGGCUUUAGACCAAAAAUGAAAGAAGAUUUUGUAACCAAAAAAAUAAGUUGAAUAAAGAUAAAAUAGAAAAAAGUCUUGUUUUGGAAAUAAAAAUUGAAUACUGCAAAGGAAUUCGUAAAUGACACCUAUUUUGGUGGAAAUUGAAGUGAAGAAUUUAAAUAACGAAUUCCUUCGUUUUUUUUCCACAUAGAAAUUUAAAAUUUCCAAUCUGAUAAUGCCAAACGAGGGAAUUGGCUUUUAGGAAUUAUGAAAUCCUCACUUUCAAUUAAAUUCCAUCAUUUUUUCCCUCAUCAAAAUGGGAGUAUUUCCCGUCCUUAGUGUACUGUUCUCUCUUCCACAGAAGAAUACAGAGUAUAGUCCUACAGAUCUACCGCCGCAGAUCAUGAUAGAAGGUGAGUGAGCUUUCUUCCAUUAUCUUCAUCAUCUUCUUUUUGGAAACCCAAGCACUGGUUCUUACACUAGUUCCUAGUUAAGUUAAUUUAUCAAAAGGAAAAGAACCUUAAUGCAGAACUGGAAUUGGCACCACUUACUGAUCUAGGAAUUCAUGAUGUGGUUACUUAAUUGACUAGGAAAACCAAUUUUCUUGUCAACACUGAAGAGAAGCUAGGUGAACAUGAUUUAGGAAGUAAGCCAGGCCUUUAGGACAUAGUUUAGGACUGAGUUUCCUUUUUGCAUGCUUAUAAAUACACUAGGUCCUUGCUCUAUCGAGACCAAACAGUACAUUAUGAGAUUGCCUACAUAAUCUACAGUGAUUGAUCAGAGAAGAAGGCUUAGAGGCUUAAUGAAGAACUAAGAGGACAUCACUAGGGUAGUACUUUAUAUUGAAUGCUGUUUGUUGAGUGAUGCUAGCUGUUCUUGAUUAUGAGCAUGAUUAUACAGGUAUAUAUACAUGUUUUAAUAUAGAAAACCCGAUCUCCAGUCCAUUGAUUUAAGCUCCUAUGUUUGUUGUUUCAAAUUUAAUUUCUUCUACAACUAAACUACAAGGAAUAAUCAAUUAAUGGCAGACAAUAGUUCUCACAAUUCUUAUGCUGAUGACCUCAAGAAACAUGUGAUGAAGGACUUCCAGGAUGCGACCAAAAGCUGAGGACAAGGACUUGAAAGAACAAUUUGACAUGAUUCGGACUACGAUUCCAUUAACAAAUAUUUGAUUAAGAUAUUCAAAUCUUUAGCAGAUUCCUACCUUGAUGAUGCCUAACAGCUCCUUAAGGCUCUCUCUCUGAGGUAGCCAAACUCCCUGACAUGGCCGUCUACACCAUUGUCAAUGGGGACUACUUUGCUGCCCACAAGACCAAGGCUGCUCUUAAUGCCUUUCAGCACAUGAUAGCCACUGGAGUCGCCCCCACCUCCUGCACCUACACUAUAAUCUUCACAGCUCUUGCAUUACACCUCUCUGAUGUCCAUUUUGUUGGGUAUGCCAACAAGUCAUUUAUGGAAAUCUUGGUUGCUCUAUCUCACAGAAACAAUGGACUCGAUGUAGAUGUAUGAUGAUUUCGAGAAGCAUAACUGACAAUAAUUUGCAAAACGUCUUCUGCAAGUGGAGCUCCCACCCCAACACCCCAACCUCCUCUCCAAAGAGUCAAGGAAGAUGUACAUGUUUUUGCUGGAGGAUGGCAAUGUAGAGCUAGCCAAGGAGCAUACUUCCCAUGGUCCUUUGAUGGAAGGUUUAAAGGGCACAGCUGUAAAAAGAAGGGUCCUGAACAUUGUAUUUCCAAGUUGAAAGGCUGAUGCUUUGCUUCGUCGAGGUUAUGCCAGCAGCUUUAGGAAUAUAUGGGGUAGCUGUGAGAUAGGAAAUUAUGUAGGAUAGGUUUUUCAAUUGUUGGAUUUGGUGCUGUACUAAUCUUUUGUGAAAUUGACAUUGGAGAAGUGUGAAUGCUAAAAUUGAGGUAGAAAAUCA